GUUAAGCCUCUUUGUACGAGAAAAAAUUAUAGCUACUAUGGGUGCAUCGGAGUCAAAAGAAGACAGAGAUAAGGAAUGUGUCAAAUUUGCCUUAGUUGGAUCAAGUGGUUCUGGGAAAUCUGCCUUUGUCAACGCUGCGAGAGGAAUUGAUGAUGACGACGAAAAGGGAGCAGGUGUAGAUAUUGUGGAAACAGGAAAAAAUGCCUAUGAAUUUAUCAAUCCCGAAAAUCCUCGCGUCAGUUACUGGGAUACACCUGGAUAUGGUACAUCAAACUAUCCAAAUCUUCAAAAGUAUUGGAAGGAGUGCGAAUUGCAAAAAUUUGACACAUUUCUGAUUUUUAUAUCUGUCAGAGUUACAAAACUUGAUCUAGAGUUGAUAAAAAAAGUAAAAUCUGCCAAAAAGUCAUUCUUCAUUAUCCGCACCAAAAUUGAUAUCGAAUCCAGAUUAUUACAGAAACGUAAGAAUCCGGUUAAAGAAGACGAAUUCUUGGAAAAAAUCCGGGAUUAUGUGCAUAAAAAAUUGAAUUUGGAUUCUUGCUCCAAAGACAGGAUAUAUCUCAUCAGUAACUAUGAUCCAUACAAGUGGGAAUUCUUUCAACUGUUACAAGCUAUGAAUAAAGAGUUCUCUCUUCCUGAGAUGGCUACAUGGCAGCAGUUUUUUGUAAAUAGAAUGAUAAGAUCUGCCAGCGCGUUUAAGUUUAAGGGGAUUGAAGCUGCACAAAAGCUGGUGAAAGAAGUCAAUAAAUGGAAAGGAGUUAAAAUAAAUGUGGCUAUAGUCGGACAAUCUGGUUGCGGCAAAUCGAGUUUUGUGAACGCCAUUAGAAGUGUCAAAGAUGACGACCCAAAUGCAGCAGAAACGGGAGUGAUCGAAACGACAACCAUUCCCACUCCGUACCCUUAUCCACAUAAUCCCAACAUAACGGUUUGGGAUUGUCCAGGUAUCGGUGGUCCAUCAAAUAUUCCCAAUUUCGACAAAUUCUGCACCUUGGUCAAUAUUGAGAAGUUCGACGCAUUUAUCAUUACGACAGCUGAUCGCUUUGGAGAUAUCGAUAAGGACCUAGCAAACAAAUUUCAAGAGAGUAGAAAGCCUUUUUUCUUUAUUCGCACAAAAAUUGAUAUUGACUGCGAAAAUGAAAAAAGAAAAGGAAACACCGAAAGCAAAACGCUGGAGAAGAUUAAAGCAGAUUGUUCUCUAAGUUUAAAAUCAGCAGGGGCGCCAUUGGAAGACAACGAUAUCUUUCUGAUUAGUAAUCAUGACACAUUGAAAUGGGACUUUGGCCGCCUUACGGAAGCACUCAGUGAUCAACUGCCUACUCGUAUAAGAACUGCCUUUCUUUUUACCAUGUUCACGUUUUCGGAAAAAAUUCUCAGAAAAAAGGUCGAAGUCCUCAAAGAACGAGUAUGGAUGGCUAUAUUUCAUUCAUUUAUUGCACAAGUAUACGACAAUAUCACUUUGCAACACUCUUCUGAUUUUAUCAUUGGUAGGAUCGCGUUUUACAGAUCUCAGCUUGGUUUUCCUGAGGAAGACUCCAUAGAAUUUAAAAACUUUUCGCCUGCUCGCCAAAAUGACUUCCGAAAAUUUUUUAUUAAACCUGGUGUAAACGUGAUAAAUUGGUUAAAAAAUUUUGAUAAUGCUGAUUUUGACCAAUCACAUCUGAGCGUCAACGCAGAAUCAUAUAGAUUUCUGCGCAGAUCAAUGCAUCGUAUUUUGGAUGAAAUGGAAAAGGUUGCAAUAGAAGUCAUGAAAGAGGCAACAAAUUUGGAUAGAUUUUGACUGUUAAUCGUAGUUUGGAACUAGAAAAAAGGAUGUAUAGAUGUUUCUGGAUUUACUAUAUAUAACUCUUGUUACAUGGCAGCAACGGCUGCAUGCACUAUGUAUAUGCACCGAUAUAAUACUCUCACUCGUGCAUUCAGUUUAAGCAAUCUAUAAAAAUGAUAUAAUGCUAUUAAUUAAUUAAGAAAUCACAGGAAAAGUAUCAAAUCGUAGCCCGGAAAAGGUCUAUAGCUUCUUUACUUCGGUAAAGCAUGCAACUGCAAAUAUAACUUAAACAUAUAUGCUGUAUCACCCGACACAGUGAUGACAUCACUAGUAUUUGUAGCACAGUAAAACUUAAUUAAAUAUAUUGUACUUAUCUACAGUUGAAGGGCAUUUGUCUUCAUAAUUUCGAACUUGCCAUGUCUUACGACAUGGGACCAGAGACCUACUGUGGAAUACGAAACAAAACUAAAAUCUCCGUUAUAGACCUAGAUAAGGACAAAUGUAGCUAAUUCAAAUUUCAAAUAGUAGUGAUAAGUAAACUUUUUGCGUGACCAGAUAUUAUAGUGGCAGAAUGUUGGUAUU